AUGUCAGAUGCUACUCCUUCAUCGGAUUCAACUUCAACUCCCUCACUCAUCCAUUCGAGAGAGUUGAAGCUUGUCUUCUUCAGCAACGAGUUUCCCCAUGACGACAGGAAGACGCUGAUAAGGCGUCUCCUCGCCCACAGCAAAGGCAAGCAGUAUCCUACUCUUGCGCGGUUCAUCCAUGAAGCCACAUUAGCGCUUCGUGAAGAGGUUCGCCAGCUUCCCACGUUACUUCGAGAACUGAUUCCGCAUUUUGAAUGCAUCUUUGACCUGGCCGAUGAAGCAAAACACAUCAAGGGGCCAUUUGGUUGCUCCAUUGACGAGGUUCUGCUCUGUGCUGUGCAGUUGGCCACUUUCAUCGGCUACUAUGAGGAUGGAAAAGACAAUUAUGACUUCCACAGCGUGGACGCCUGCAUAGCUGGACUGGGUUCUGGGCUUUUGAUGACGGCAGCAGUGUCUCUUGCGCCAACGCUUGGCGAUCUACCUAUUGUUGGAGCCGAGGUGAUUCGUGUAGCAUUUCGACUGGUUGUUCUUGUCGAUCAGGUAUCGCAGAACCUACAGCCAAAGCCCGCUGAGGGUACUGGAGAUAGCUGGGCCUAUAUAGUACCAGGAGUCGGAGCUGAGGAUGCUCAGAAGGAGCUUGAUGCUUUCCAUGCAAUCGAGCACACGCCAGAGGCCAGCAAAAUCUUCAUCAGCGCCAUAAGCCGCACCUCAGUCAUUGUCAGCGGCCCACCAGCACGGCUCAAGCACCUCUUUUCCGUAUCCAACUUCUUCCGCAGCCAUGACUUGUCGGUGAUGCCAGUAUAUGGCGGUCUGGGCCAUGCACCCCAUGUAUUCAACUCUGCGCAUACCGACCAAGUCGUGAACACUCCCUCAAUGGAGCUACUCGAUGCGCGCUACUCACCUGGUGUCCCCAUCUUCUCCAUCUCAACGGGCGAGCCGUUCUCAGCCAGCAGCGCCAGUGAGCUGUUCCGGAACAUAGUUGAUGACCUUCUCGUAGGGCUCAUUCAGUUCGACAAGGUCAUCGAGGGCAUCCUGCAAAAGGCCAAAGACUUGGAGGCGACAGAAUGUCAGAUGCUCAUCUUUCGCACAUCGUUUCCCGUGCGAGAUCUGCUCAAGGCAAUUCAAGAACAAGAACAGCAAGGCUUGAGCAUUCUACGAGCCUCGGUGCGAGACUUGAUUCCGUGGGUGAGUGAGGCUGCAACGUCACAAAAGACUCAGGACACCUCGCAGUCCAAAAUUGCCAUUGUUGGGAUGGCAUGCCGAUUGCCCGCAGGAGCAGCUGAUACCGAAAAGUUCUGGGAGAUCCUAGACGCUGGGCUGGAUGUCCACCGCAAGAUCCCGGCAGACCGCUUCAACGUCGAUACGCACUACGAUCCUACAGGGAAACGCAUGAACACGAGCUUCACGCCGUACGGCUGUUUCAUCGAUGAACCGGGUCUCUUCGAUGCGGCUUUCUUCAAUAUGUCGCCCCGUGAAGCCCAACAGACAGACCCAAUGCAGCGGUUGGUCAUUGCCACGGCCUAUGAAGCUCUUGAACGAGCCGGAUACGUUGCCAACCGUACCGAAUCGUCAAAGUCAGAGCGUGUGGGCUCUUUCUACGGACAGGCCAGCGACGAUUACCAUGAGGUUAACUCAGGCCAGGAAAUCGGCACCUACUUUGUAACCGGAGGAUGUCGAGCUUUUGGACCGGGACGAAUCAACUACUUCUUCAAGUUCGCCGGGCCCAGCUACAGUGUUGAUACUGCCUGUUCGUCCGGUUUGGCAACUAUUCACCUCGCGUGUAACUCUCUCUGGAAUGGCGACACAGACAUGGCAGUGGCCGGCGGCACAAACGUACUCACCAACUCAGACGGCUUCGCUGGACUAAGCAGCGGCCACUUUUUAUCCAAGACUCCCAACGCGUGCAAGACGUGGGAUAGCGAGGCUGACGGCUAUUGCCGGGCCGAUGGUGCAGUUUCGUUGGUGUUGAAGAGGCUCGAAGAUGCCGAGGCCGACAACGACAACAUCCUCGGCGUGAUUCUCGCCGCAGGAACCAACCAUUCCGCUGCAGCUAUUUCCAUCACGCAUCCCCAUGCUGGCCACCAAGCUGAUCUCACUCGAGCCUUGCUGCGCAAAGCCGCUGUGGACCCGCUGGAUAUCAGCUACAUCGAAAUGCACGGCACUGGGACACAGGCCGGCGACGCGCAAGAGAUCCAGUCUGUAUGCAACGUCUUUGCGCCCCUGACAACUCGCCGCCGCUCAUCCAAGCAGCCACUCUAUAUCGGCGCAGUUAAAUCCAAUAUCGGCCAUGGUGAGGCAGUUGCAGGUACAACAGCGCUGCUCAAAGUAUUGUUGAUGUUCGAAAAGGGGGCCAUCCCGAAGCACGUCGGCAUCAAGGGCGUGAUCAACCCAGGCUUCCCCAAUGAUCAGGAGAUGCAGCGCAGGAACCUCCACAUUCCCUAUGAAAAAGUGUCGUGGCAGAGAAAUCCUGAGCGCAAGCGUGUCGCCGUCGUUAAUAACUUUGGAGCAUCCGGCGGCAACUCCAGCCUCAUCAUCGAGGAGCCUCCGUUGCGCGAAAAGGCAGAGAAGGGUGAUCCCCGCGCAGCCCACCUCAUCGUGGUCUCAGCCAAGGGAAAAGUAUCGCUCAAAGGUAACCUGGAGCGCUUGGUCGCUUACAUGGACGCGCAUCCGGAUGUUUCGAUGGCUGAUCUGGCUUAUACUACAACCGCACGGCGCCAACAUCACAACCAUCGCGUAGCCAUUUCCGUGCCCGUGUCAUCACCAGAUAUCAUGGUAUCUGCCUUGAAAAAGCAACUUGCCGCGCACAUAGAGUCGGCAGAUACACACAAGCCUAUCCCGCCAACAGGUCCCCCGCGGGUGGUGUUUGCAUUUACAGGCCAAGGGGCUUCCCAUCGGUCAAUGGAUCUCGGGCUGUUUCGUGAAUCACCAGUCUUCCGCGAGCACAUCCUCCAUCUCGACUCGCUGGUGCAAGGCCAGGGCUUCCCAUCCAUCAUCCCCGUUAUCGACGGCAGCUAUCCACAGGACCAUGGGCAUUCCCCCAUCAGGACACAUCUCACUCUCGUCUGCAUCGAGAUUGCCCUUGCCAAGUACUGGAACUCGCUCGGAGUAUAUCCUCAUGUGGUUGUCGGCCACAGCUUAGGCGAGUAUGCUGCGUUACAUGUUGCCGGUGUUCUCUCAGCCGCCGACGCCAUCUUCCUGGUCGGCAGCCGUGCCAUUCUCUUGGAGCAGAAGUGUACCAGUGGCAGCCAUAAGAUGUUGGCCGUGAAAGCACCACUUGAUACGAUAAGUGAGAUAGCUAAAGCCAAAGGCUUGCCCUUUGAAGUCUCAUGUAUCAAUGGACCCAGUGAUACGGUUCUCAGUGGGCCGAGGGCUGAUAUGGACGCCUUGGCUGCUGCUCUGCAGGAAUCCGGCCCAGAUGGUCCCGGGCUCAAGUGCUCUCUUCUGGAUAUAGCCUUUGCUUUCCACUCAUCCCAGACAGACUCAAUGUUGGAUGAAUAUGAGGAUUUGGCUAGCAAGGGUGUGAUUUACCAUGCACCCACCAUUCCAAUUAUAUCGCCGCUGCUGGGCCGCUGUAUCUUUGACGAAAAGACGGUCAACGCAAAUUACCUGUGCCGUGCAGCUCGUGAGCCUGUUCAUUUCAUCACCGGCAUCAAAGCUGCGCACCACGCUAGACUUAUUGACAAGUCAAUGGCGUGGAUCGAGAUUGGACCCCAUCCUGUAUGCCUCGGCCUGGCCCGCAGUAUCUUGGCCGACUCGUUCUCUUUGCCAGUCGCUGCACCGUCCAUGCGCCGGAGCGAAGACGACUGGAAGACAUUGAGUCACUCCUUGGGCCUGCUGUAUAGUGCUGGUGUGCCACUGCGCUUUGAUGAGUUCCAUCGUCCAUUCGAGCCUUUGUUGCGUCUUCUUGACCUACCGACGUAUGCAUGGAAUGAUAAGAACUACUGGCUCCAGUACAAUGGUGAUUGGGCCCUUUCCAAGGGUAACACUUUCUACGACGAGGAGAAGAAGCAGUUACUGCUGCAACAACAGACGAUAACUACGGUGGUGCCUCCACGUUCCAGCCUUCGAACGUCGCUAGUUCAUGAGGUUGUAGAAGAGGCGUUUGACGGCUCUGCUGGUCGUGUUGUUGUACAUUCUGAUUUGAUGCAGGCUGAUUUCUUGAAAGCUGCGCGGGGCCAUCAGAUGAACGGAGCUGGUGUAGUCACUUCGUCGAUUCACGCAGACAUUGCCUUCACCCUUGGCAAAUACCUCUAUGAGAAUCUGCGACCACAGGCAAAAGCGGGAGGUACUGUUCUCGACAUGGAGGUAUACAAUAUGUCUGUACGCGAGGGCAUAGUAGCCCAGAAGAACACAAAUGUGCCGCAGAUGAUCCAGGUGUCCAUAUCCACCUCCAAUAUUGACGCAGGGGUAGCCAACCUCGAAUGGCAUAAUCUCACAUCUGAUGCUUCCGCGCUCGCCGAUGAAGAGCCCAUAGUGACGGCCCAGGUCCGCUACGGGUCUUCAGCCGACAACCUUGUUAGCUGGAUGCCGAUGGCACAUUUGGUACAAAGCCGUAUCGACGCCCUUCAACAUCUCGCUGAGAUUGGCGUAGCCAACAAGUUGUCCCACAGUAUGGCAUACCUCCUCUUCUCCAACAACCUGGUCCACUACGCAGACGAGUACCGGGGCAUGCAGUCGGUGGUGAUGCACGAGCUCGAGGGAUUCGCCGAGGUGACGCUCAAGACCAAAUCCAGCGGCGUCUGGACUGUUCCGCCAUUCUUCAUCGACAGCGUUGCCCACUUGGCGGGUUUCGUGAUGAACGUGUCCGACGCCAUAGACACUCGCACCAACUUUUGCGUCACCCCUGGCUGUGGAUCAUUGCGAAUCGCUCGCCCACUCGUUGCCGGGGCCAAGUAUCAAUCCUAUGUCAAGAUGAUUCCGACGGCUGAGGACCCAACCGUCUAUCUCGGUGACGUUUACAUCUUGCAGGAGGGCGAGAUCAUUGGCCUUGUUCGCGCCAUCAAGUUCCGCCGCUAUCCUCGAGUGCUACUCAACCGAUUCUUCUCGCCGCCCGACAUUAAGAACGGCGCCUGUCAUAUCGAAGCCUGUGAAGUUCAGUUGGGCAACGAAGAGGAGCAAUCGCUAAACAUACCAGUACAGACUCCAAUAGUUGUUGCUCAUGCCUCUGUCCCUAUGCCAAUCCCCAUCUCCACGAUGGCUCCAGUUAUGGCGGCGCCACCCGCGGCGGACAGCACAGCAACCAAAGCCAUGGCGCUUUUAGCUGAUGAAUCGGGCCUUGAUCCAGCUGAUCUGACCGAUGAUGCUAACUUUAUGCAUCUCGGAGUAGACAGCCUGAUGAGCCUCGUCAUUGCUGAGAAGUUUCGGGAGGAGCUCGGCGUUGUGGUAAAUGGCAGCUUAUUCUUGGAGUAUCAGACGGUGGGAGAUUUGCGUGCGUGGUUAGUCGAGUACUACAGCUAA